AUGGAAAUGAUAUUAACAAUUAUAAUAGCUGCUCUACUUGGUUUAUUACUAAUCUACAUCAUCCCUAAAUACUUUAGAUUUUUUCAUGGUUCAAAUACCUCUCCUAAAAAAAUGAAGUAUAUAAUCAAAUCAUAAAUCUCAAUAAAAUAAGAUUAAAAUGAUAAUGAGUUUUUAGAUCAAUAAGAUAAUUAUGAUUCUCCUAAAGAAGGCUAUGUAUAAUUGAUUCUCUAAAAUUAUGAAUAUUAGAAUCUGAAAAUUACAACUUAAUCAAUACUAUAUGAAUAACAAUAAGUUAUAUCCAAAAAUAAAGUAAUUAAAACUUUAGAAUAUCAAUAUAAAUUAGAUAAUCAAUUUAAUUAAUCAUAUAGAUGUAUUGAAUAAGAGAAAAACCAAAUUAUUAUAUAUAACUAAAAUACUAAAGAAAACUAUUAUAAGGGUAUUAUUGAAAAUGCCCCUAAAGAUAUUUAUUUUGGUUUAGAAGAUAUAAAUAGAUAAAAUUUAGCUAACUAUUAUUUCAAUUAAUUAAUUACAAAAGAUGAACUUAGAGAAGGAUCAUCUACUAUUAUUGAUGCUUUCUCAUAAUACUUAAAUCUUGAAAGUUUAAAAUAAUAUAUAAGAGAUAAUAAAAAUCAUAUUUAAACCUAUAAAUAAAAUAUUUUCUUUCCUAGUUCCAUUUUAAAAAAAGGAAGGGAUGUAAAGUAAUUUAAAUAAUAAUACGAAAACUAUAUUUUUUAAUAUCAACCUAUUAAAUAUGAUUUAUCAUUAAUAUACGAUAAAAUCUUUUUUAUUACAUCUUAUGAAGAGAAUAAAGAUUAUUUUUUUAUUGAAGUCUCUCCUCCUCAUUUAUAUAUUCAUGAUCUAAAGGAUUAAAAUAAAGGAGGAUAUGAUUAUUCACCCUAUUUGAACUUACUUAAAAGUAUUUAUCCUAGCCUUGGCUCAGAGAUAAUAAAAUGUGCAGAGUGUAAAUUGAAUCAAAGAUUAACAAAAUCCUAUUUCCAUGUUUGUUAUAAUAUGUUAAAAGAAUCUAAAAAUAAAAAGCUAUUAUCAAAAAUACAAUCUAUGGAAUAAUUAUAAGAACAUCUAUAGUCACUAAUAAAAUUAUGA